GCGUGGGCUUCGCCACGCGGCAGAUGGCUGGGCUCACCAAGCCCACCACCAUCAUCGAGGUGGAUGGGGACAAGAUCACCAUCAAGACCCAAAGCACCCUCAAGAACACUGAAAUCAGCUUCAAGCUGGGUGAGGAGUUCGAUGAGACCACAGCAGACGACAGACACGUCAAGUCUCUGGUCACGCUGGAUGGUGGCAAACUCGUCCACGUGCAGAAGUGGGAAGGGAAGGAAACAUCGCUGGUGCGGGAGCUGAAGGAUGGGAAAUUAACUCUGACUCUCACCAUGGGCAACGUGGUCUCCACCCGAAUCUACGAGAAGGCGACAUAG